AUGCUCGGCAAACUCCCAUCAGUCGCAGCGUUGCUGGCACUCAGCCUGGGUGCGCAGGCGAGCCUAAUCUUCAAAAACACCGGCACAACCUCCGGCUGGGACAAAAUAAACAAAGAGCACCACGGCACCGUGAAGCAAGUGACGAAUGUGGUUUACAAGGGAAACACCGCGCUCAAAAUGACCCAAAUCUACGAUGAAGACUACUCCGGUCGGUACCACUCGGAAGUGGUAAAGAACGACGUGUACAAGCGCGGUGACACGGGCGCAUACGGUUUCUCCUUCCGACUGCAAGAGGACUGGGAAUUCCUCCCCGUGCAAUCCUACAGCAUCGCGCAAUUCAUCGCCGACUUCACAGAUAGCGGCUGCGAGGACUGGAUGCCGACGACCAUGGUCUCGCUCAAGGGUAAUAGACUCUACUCGCGUGUCAAGCAGGGCUCGGUCUGCAAGCAGGAGGUCAAGGGUUUCAAUGAUCUAGCCACUGUCACUGCGGGUAAAUGGCACCGGAUUGAGAUCGAGGCGAAGUGGGAGUCGGAUGGGACGGGGUAUUACAAAAUGUGGUAUGAUGGGGAGAAGGUGUUGGAUGAGAAGGAUAUUAGUACUACCAUUGACGACGAUCGGGCUUUCCAGUUCCGGGUUGGCCUUUAUGCGAAUGGCUGGCAUGAUGAUAAGCAGAUGAAGGGGUCCCAGGAGACUAGGAAUGUGUGGUAUGAUGAGAUUGCUGCUGGGACUACGCUUGCCGAUAUUGCGGCUUAA